CGGGCCGUUGUCUGUGCUCGUCGUCCGUCUCGGUUUGUUCGCCUGAGUGAGCCGCGGUGGGCGCCGCACCCAUGUCAGUCUGUGUGUAGCGGAGUGGGGAAAAUAAUAAUAAUAAUAACAACGCCACCUCCCUCCUGUCACCCCGCUGAGAGAACUACACACAUUCAAACACACGCUCACCUCAGAUCGUGGUAUUUCUCACGCUAUCAGGAGCCUAAAAUACCUUGUCAUGAAUGGUGACACUAAUGCAGGGGUGGUUACUUCCCCACCCCCUUCAACUGCUCCGCACAAGGAGAAAUAUUUUGAUCGGGUUGAUGAAAACAAUCCUGACUACCUCAGAGAGCGGAAUAUGCCCCCUGACUUGCGUCAGGAUUUCAACAUGAUGGAACAGAGGAAGAGAGUGUCCAUGAUUCUGCAGAGUCCGGCUUUCUGUGAAGAACUGGAAUCAAUGAUUCAAGAGCAGCUCAAGAAAGGAAAAACUCCAACUAGUCUACUUGCAUUACAACAGAUUGCAGAUUUCAUGACAACAAAUGUGCCUAGUAUGUAUCCUGCUGCACCACAAGGUGGAAUGGCUGCAUUAAACAUGAGUCUGGGAAUGGUUACCCCUGUGAAUGAUCUCCGUGGAUCUGAAUCUGUUGCAUAUGAGAAAGGAGAGAAAUUGUUUCGAUGUAAGCUGGCUGCUUUCCACAGGCUAGCAGAUCUCUUUGGAUGGUCUCAGCUUAUCUACAACCACAUAACAGUCCGAGUCAGCUCAGAGCAGGAACACUUCCUCAUUGUUCCUUUUGGUCUUCUUUACAGUGAGGUCACAGCAUCUUGUCUGGUUAAAGUUAAUCUUCAAGGUGAUAUAAUUGACCGUGGUUGCACCAAUUUGGGAAUAAGUCAAGCUGGCUUUACCUUGCAUUCUGCCAUCUACGCAACUCGACCAGACAUCCGAUGUAUCGUACACAUCCACACACCAGCCGGGGCUGCGGUGUCAGCAAUGAAAUGUGGCCUACUACCAAUUUCUCCCGAAGCGUUGACACUUGGAGAGGUAGCUUACCAUGAUUACCAUGGAAUCCUUGUGGAUGAGGGAGAAAAAAUAGAAAUACAGAAAAACCUGGGCCCCAAAAACAAGGUGCUUAUUCUAAGGAACCAUGGUCUUGUUGCCGUUGGAGAAACCAUUGAGGAAGCGUUCUAUUACAUUCACAACCUGGUUGUGGCCUGUGAAAUUCAGGUUCGCACAAUGGCUAGUGCUGGAGGCCCUGACAAUUUGGUUCUCUUGGAUCCUGCAAAGUAUAAAGCCAAAUCUCGCUGUCCUGAGUCAUCAGGUGAUGAGAAUAGUUCACAUCCAAAAUGGCUGAUUGGGGAGCAAGAAUUUGAAGCCCUAAUGAGAAUGCUGGAUAACCUGGGUUACAGGACUGGUUAUCCAUACCGUUGCCCAGCUCUGCGUGAAAAAAAUAAGAAUCGCAGUGAUGUUGAGAUCCCACCCUCUGCCACAGGUUUUACCUUUCCAGAGGACAGUGACUCUAGCUCUCGCUCCCCUCUCAAGCAAAGUUCUCAGAAACAGCAGCGAGAGAAGACGAGAUGGCUGAAUGCAGGCAGCACAGGCAGAGUUGAUGAAGUGCCAGAAGAAUCUAGGAAUGGUGGCAGCCCCAAAUCGAAGACUAAGGUGUGGACGAACAUUACACACGAUCACGUGAAACCCUUGCUGCAGUCUCUAUCGUCCGGUGUCUGCGUGCCAAGCUGUAUUUCCAACUGCUUGUGGACAAAAGACGGUGCCGGUCCAAUUCCCAAUCAGUUUGUGCCAUUGAACACUGAUCCACGUGAGUUUAAAGAGAUGAGGAAUAAGAUUCGUGAACAAAAUUUGCAGGAUGUUAAGACUGCCGGACCUCAGUCUCAAUUGUUAUGUGGUGUUGUACUGGAUAGGUCUUUUACACAGGAUGCACCACUCUCAGACUGUGCGGAGUUUAUUGAUGGUCUCGAUCUCUCAGAGCAAGUCUUAAAUCGCACUAACCCUGUUAGAAAGGGAGAGUUGGUGACAGCAUCAAAGGCGAUUAUUGAAAAGGAAUACCAGCCACGAGUAAUUGUGAGCACGGCACCAAAUCCCUUUAACAAGUUGACGGACCGUGAACUUGAUGAGUAUCGCAAAGAAGUUGAACGCAAGCAGAAGGGACCUGAAGCUAAGAAUGCUACAGCUCACAUUGACGCGAUCUCGAAAGAUGGGUCCAUUUGCGUGCAUACUGACAACAGGCCAGACAGUAUGGCGAGCACACCACAAAGGCAUCCUCUGCAGCAACUAGCUGUCGUUGAAGGCGAUCCAAGCCAAAAUCAUUCUUCCAUGUAUGAAUCUGUAGAUGAUCAAGACAAAGCAACUGAGAUGCAAUCGCACAGCAGCCAAGAAUGUUCCAUAGAAGUCAAGAGUCCAUGCAGUUAUGAAGAUGUCUCUGAACUGAAACCAUCCUUCGGCAUAGGCCAGGACUCCAAACAAUUCAGCCCAGAACACGUGGAUAUGAAAGGAUCUCUACACAGCCAGCUUCACAGUGCUGUCGUCAAGGCACUUGUCACUUCUGGUGACUGUAUUUCUCCAUCUGACCCCUUGCUUAUUGGUCAGCAGGAUCCUCCUGAGCCCCAGUCAGAGGAGGUAAAAGUGAACGACCAGCAGAGUCCUGCAGACCACGCCCCUACCCGCACUCCCCCCAGCACACCCACCAAACUAGACGAUGAAUCGCAAGUGGAGCAGACAUGCAAGGACGACAGUGCUGCAACUUUCCAACAGUCCCUGCCUGAACUUGCCCCCGAUGAGCCCUCGGAGCCACUGACCAUCCAGACCCCUGGCAGAGAGGAGUCUGACAGCCCAAGCAAAGACCUGAGCAAGAAGCUCGAAGAGCUGACGACAGCUGAGCGGCAAGAGGUGCCCUCUUCCCCACCUCCUGAGCAGGUGCCAUCUUCGCCGGUUGAGGAGGCGACUGAUGCAGCCAGCGACGAGUCUCCCAGCAAGUCACCUUCCAAGAAGAAGAAAAAGUUCCGCACCCCUUCCUUCCUGAAGAAGAACAAGAAGAAAAGCGAAUCCUAAAACAAAAAGCUCUUGUUUUUUUUUAGCAGGAAAGGCAGAGUGCCUUCAAUCCUAAUUCAUUUCUAGAUUGUUCCAGGUUGUAUCGUAUAGUGUUAUAUCUUAAUAAAAACAUCCAUGUAACGGAAUGCAAAGAAAUGUCUAGUAUAGCUCAAGCGAUAUUGAAAGUAACAGAACAAUUUUGACACAAAACAGAGGUGCUAAUCCUUUCAGUGCAGUAGAUGCUACCCACCAAAUGUUUAAUCAAGCAUGGUUUGCCACUUUGGAAUAGUUAGAAUACUGAAACCAGAGCCAGAGGAAGCCUUUGUAAUGAGAUUAUGUUUUAACAAUGAUUUAAUUGCUUUGUUGUAAUAUGCAGAUGUUAGAGUAGAGGCCUACAUUUUAACACGUGUACAAGAGACAUUCAGCGCAUGACUGUUGACAACCAGCCGAUCGUGAUGCUGCACACCUUUUUUAGCCAGCGAUGUUUCAAGGAAGAUUAUUACGUGGUAUGUUGAUUGGCAAGGAUCACGAGUUGCUUACAUUUUAAAAUGAGAAAUGGUCUAAGUAUUGCUGAAUCAUGAAUGUUGUUCUUUUCAUUGUAAGGCAGGCUUCCCUUCUAUUUCUCCAAACGCAAACUCUCAAGGAAACUUAUUGCUGUAGCCUCCUUGCAAGUAAGCAGGUUCUAUCGUGGACAACACAGCAAGUUUCCCACUACUGCUGCUGCUGCUGCGUGUCCCUCAUCUACUAGGACAAGCGCAUUGGAUUCUGAUGACGCGUUUCCCCACUUCUUGUCACCACUGUUCUGUUUGUGAGAUACUGUUGAAUUACAGAUAUGGAAAAAUAGUGCUAUAAUACUGGAAUCUGAUGCAAAACAAAUUGCUUGGAUUUAUAUAGUGCUUUAUCCCAUAUAAGAGCCCUAUGUGGCUGAUUACUUUGAAGUUCAGUACUUGUUCGUAUAGGCAGCUGUUGCAUUUAACGGAUCUGUACACGUAGAAAUUAUGUGAAAUGGCCAACGUUUUGUCCUCCUCUGAUCAUGCAUAGAACAGUAUUGUAGAACAACAUAAAUUCAGCAACCAAAGGGUUACUGCUGAGAGUCGUUUGAAAUCAAAUGAAGGAAUUGGAUAGAAAUGUGCUAGGACUUUUUUUUUUACUCUGAGCCAGGGCCCUUCACCAUUAUAAUGGAGGAACAUGGACUGCAAAUCCUGCAGUUCAGACAGCCCACUUAAGGUCCCCAUUCUAGCUGGGCAAUGGGGACCUUGGAAUGUGUCACUCAAGUGCCACAUAACCUAUCCCGUCACCAGCAUUCUUUGCUAAAUGAACAAUGUUGCAUCCCCGUCCACAGUGAUUCGAUCAGGAAGUGGAGCCAUUUCUGAGAACACCACUCUCUCCCAUAUGCUUGGUAUGUUACGGUACCCCAUGAUGAUCAAAGCCCAGAAUAAACACUUCUCUUGCUACCCCCUUAACUUAGAUUCUGAUUAACCCAGUGACUUGUGUAAACAGAGGCACUCCGUGUUGUUUUUAAAAUGGCAUUGAUGGAAUUUUGCAGCGUCUACUUGCGAGAUAUCGGUUUAUAUAAAUAACACCGCCCCAAAAUUGUGCUCUACUCGCUUAGUUUCAGGCAGCACUGCUUGCAGUCUCAGGUUGAAGUUCAUUCAGUCCCACGGGAGAUCUAGGUUUGGGUAUCGUGUUACCUUUGUAGCAUGCUGGAAACGUAACAAGACCAUCAAUAUGUUGGUGUCGAGCUGCUGCAUUCCCCUUUCAGAGUAAGUCUGCUGGUGGGUUGAGGUAGGGGCCAUAGUGCGAAUGGCAGCAAACUAAAGCGAUAUAAUUUGCAGAUAUGGUGUGUAAUGAGGACUGCAUGGCAUCACUGGCUUUCCGCUUGUAUUUUACCCUUGUAUAACUUCUGUACUCUAAGCAAUUUUGUUUUCUGUCUAUUGGUUACAACUGUCAGACUUCAAUGAUAACAAUGCCACCUAUUCAUGUUUUGAUUCUCAUUCUAGUUAAUCAUUCACAUAUACAGAACAUUUCUAAACUUUGAUUUUUAUUCUACAUCUUCAAUUCUGUCUAGGACUACAUGAAGUAAAAACAAUUUAUUACUUAUGAAAAUAAUUGUAUCUAAUUGUUUUUUUUAAGUUUCAUUGUAACAUUUUUGGAGUUACCUAAAUAAAAUCCUUUCUUUAAACCCCA